CCCUAUUCCGAUAUUGCUUGAGGUCCCAAAUUCCUACAGUUUCACGAUUGCAGAAGCAGAACAAGGACGAACCAUCCUUCUUCCUGUUGGUAGCGACCCCGCAUUUUCCCGUCUUCACCUUCAGCAUCUUCACUGCUCCAUCUCCAUUCUCCAAUCGCGGCUCACUUCUGCAGCUAACACUCUCUCCAACAGUUCACUCAUCAAGUGUUGCCCGCUCGAAUCAUCGAUUGCUUUACUUCUUCAGCACAAACUAAAUUGUGGUAUUAUGGGGGAAACUCCUGCGAAGGCGCUUCGGAAGAUCCUGGAUUCGCCUGGUGUUCAUCUUGGUCCUGCUUGCUUUGAUGCUCUCAGUGCUAAGCUUAUCCAGAGAGCUGGAUUUUCAUAUUGCUUUACUAGUGGAUUUUCAAUAUCAGCUUCUAGAUUGGGACUGCCAGAUACAGGUUUUAUGUCAUAUGGUGAAAUGCUGGAUCAAGGGCUACAAAUUACUCAAGCUGUGUCAAUUCCAGUCAUUGGAGAUGGUGAUAAUGGAUAUGGAAAUGCAAUGAAUUUAAAGAGAACUGUUAAAGGAUAUAUUCGAGCAGGCUUUGCAGGGAUCAUUCUCGAAGAUCAGGUAUCACCAAAGGCUUGUGGACAUACACGAGGUAGAAAAGUAGUGUCUAGAGAGGAAGCGGUGUCAUGUAUAAGAGCAGCUGUUGAUGCUCGAAAAGAAAGUGGCUCCGACAUAGUUAUUGUGGCUCGUAGUGAUGCUCGACAAGCUGUGUCCCUUGAUGAAGCACUAUGGAGGACAAAGGCCUUUGCUGAUGCUGGGGCGGACAUUCUUUUUAUUGAUGCACUAGCUUCAGUAGAAGAGAUGAAGGCUUUCUGCAAAGUCUCUCCUGAAGUACCUAAAAUGGCCAAUAUGCUUGAAGGAGGAGGUAAAACACCAAUUCUCAGUCCUCUUGAACUUGCAGAAAUUGGAUAUAAGGUUGUUGUUUAUCCUCUUUCCUUGAUGGGCGUAUCCAUGCGAGCGAUGCAGGAUGCGCUACUUGCAAUUAAAGGAGGUCAAAUUCCUUCUGAACGCAUGCCAUCUUUUGAAGAAAUGAAGGAAAUAUUAGGUUUCAACAGUUAUUAUGAAGAAGAGGAGAAGUAUGCUGCUGCUGCUAGUCUUCCUUCGCCAGGAGAUGGAUCAAAACAUCCCCCUUCUGACAUCUCACCCCGGAGAUUGAGAGUCAAAAUAACUGGAACAGAUGGACUUGAGAGACUUGAUGCUAGGAUUCCUGCUGGAUCCCUGGAUACCCUAACCAACAUAGUUCCAGCGUUAGGAGGCAUAAACAUCAAAAAACUGAUAGAUGAUGCUGCUGAGGAAGUAGGAGGAAAAGUGCUGCUGGAUUUUACUGAUACAACGGGUGACAGGAUUCAGGUCUUCUUGGAGUAA